AUGUCGACGAAAGAUGGCUCACAAAAAAAUAAAUCGGAAUCGGAGUGGAGAGCAAUCCUAGAUCCAGUUCAAUUUGCUGUGCUACGAGAGAAGGCUACAGAAAAGCCAGGACUAGGGAAAUACAACAAUUUCUUUGAGAGUGGAAUUUAUCGUUGUGUGGGCUGUGGACAACCAUUAUACAAGUCAAAAGCAAAAUUUCAAUCCGGAUGUGGCUGGCCAGCCUUUUAUGAAGGGAUUCCAGGAGCUAUAAGCACACAUACGGAUAAAAGCCAUGGAAUGGAAAGAACAGAGAUCACAUGUAGUUCAUGCGGCGGCCACUUGGGCCAUAUUUUUAAAGGAGAAGGCUUCCAAACACCUACCAAUGAAAGACAUUGUGUGAAUUCAGUGUGUCUAAAGUUCACUCCAGCAGAGGGUAAGGAGUAA